ACUCAUAACACAACUAUAAAUGAAAACAUUGAAGAUCCAGUUCUGAUUCUGUGAAAAAGUUUAUCAUCUUCGCUUUGUUUUAGAUUCCUCAAACCUCAUCACUGUUGAAUACUACGAAAUUUGUUUACCCGUGGACAGCGUCCAUCCACAAAAUCAGAACCGAGGUACACUAUGAACGAUGCGAAAGUCAGUGUGAGUUUCUCCUGCCAGCGAUGUCUGCAGCCAAUUCACAUCGAUGACUCGUUUGCAACCCUUGGAGAGCACACAUUGGCUGAGCUAGCGUUAAAAAUUACAGUACCGAUUAAUUCCCACAUAGAGGUGGAUAUAGAAUCACAAUCGGCCAGUUUGGAUCACUUCGUACCACUGUUUCGAUACGGUGCGGAAUGCAGUGGCAACGACACAAACGGUUUUAUGCUGCUUUCGGACGGUCCGGACAAGGAAUCACUUAGUCAAAAUCUACGGGUCAAAGCCGAACUUUUCGAUGCCCUUUCGAACAACUCGGAAAUCGAUCAUCCAUUGUGCGACGAAUGCACCGAUACCUUAUUGGAGCUGAUGGACAAACAGCUUAAAAUGGCUGAAGACGAAUGGAAUGAUUAUAAUAACUAUUUGAAGAAGCUGGAGAUGACAGACGAUGUACCAAAUAUUGAUCUCUUAGACAAGGAACUGGCUGAUCUGAAGGAGGAAGAAGAACGUCUGUUACAGGAGCUGUCUGAAUUGACUCGAGAAGAAGAUGCAAUCAAAUUGGCAGUUAAAGAACAGGAAGCGGAGAAACAAAGGCUUAGCAAUGAAGAGGAGAAAUACUGGCGGGAAUACACGAAACAUCGGCGAGAUGUUAUCACCACGGAAGAUGAGUUUCGAUCACUUGAAUGCCAAAUGUCAUACGCGCAGGUCCAGUUGGAUAAGCUUAAAAAGACGAAUGUGUUCAAUGUAACGUUUCACAUUUGGCACUCGGGUCACUUUGGAACUAUAAACAAUUUUAGAUUGGGUAGGCUUCCAUCCGCUCCUGUUGAUUGGUCCGAAAUAAAUGCAGCAUGGGGACAAACGUGCUUGCUGCUGUCUGCGUUGGCAAGAAAAAUGAAUCUAACGUUCAAGAAUUAUCGGCUGGUUCCAUAUGGGAAUCACUCGCAUAUAGAAGUAUUGGGCGAAGGGAAAGAACUUCCUCUUUAUGGUAGUGGCGGUUUCAGAUUUUUCUGGGACACAAAAUUCGACGCAGCUAUGGUUGCGUUCCUGGACUGUUUACAGCAAUUUAAGGAGGAAGUAGUUAAAAAGGAUCCCGACUUUUGCUUACCAUAUCGGAUGGAGAAAGGGAAGAUAGAAGAUUCCGCGACGGGCAACAGUUAUUCAAUUAAAAUUCAAUUCAACUCAGAGGAACAGUGGACCAAAGCUUUGAAAUUUUUACUGACGAAUCUGAAAUGGGGACUAACAUGGGUAUCGUCACAAUUUACCGAAGAGAAACAUUGAAAAUUUCGGCUCGAUUCGAACCCCAAUUAAUAGUUUUUAAAUGUGGCGCUACCGGUAAUUCAGCUUUGCGACAAUGUGCCAAUAAAUUUUGAAAUCCAAUUUGGCAUCACUGAUCGGUAGCGGCUUGUUAUUAUUCCAAGAUUAAAUUAUAUUGUUGAUAGCAAGAGUUUC